CCUCCUUGGCUGCAAUCAACGUUGCAAUCGCAGCUGCAUAGAGCGUGUCGCUCAGUCGGUCCGCGAUAAAGGUAGUCACAUACGACCUUGUAGUUUGGAGCGAUUUCGAAAGUCUGCGAAUGCAGUUGUGAACAGCUAACGUGAGAGCGCUUGGACAUUUAGCCGUAGCACCUGUUACGCGAUGCGGGCAAGUUUUUUGUGAAGCGCGUGGCUCUUCUACAUCGCGUAAACUGUGCGAUACAUAGAUCUGAAGUUGCAACGUCGUCAUGCUGAACAACUGGAUAUUCGUCGGAGUUUCCGGCGUCACGAACGGCGGCAAGACUUCGCUCGUAAACUACCUUCGAAAUGCCUUCGAAGGUUGCGUGGUGUUGCAUCAGGACGACUUCUUCCGUUUGGAGUUCGACCCAAAACACGAAAUGAUCCCCGAACUGAACCACGCCAACUGGGAGGCGCAGUCGAGCGUCGACUGGGACAAACUUCUGGACGCCGUCGUGGCUUGCACGUCGAGUCAGCCGGCGGGUCUCAAACUGAUCAUAAUUGACGGCCACAUCAUAUUCAAUAAUCCGAGGCUAAACAAGCUAUUCGACAAACGCUACUUCUUUACGCUUACACGAGACGAGUGCUACGCUAGGCGUUUGACUCGCACCUACGACCCAGCUGACGUGCCCGGGUACUUCGACAAGGUUGUGUGGCCCAUGUACUUCAAGAACUUGCAGGAGAUCAAGGACACCCAGACUGAUGUCAUUUACCUGGACGGAACGCAAGACAUGGACCAACUUCACAAGAAAGCGCUGCAAGACUUGAAAAGCUUUUUGGAGGGUCGCAACGACAGCCGUUGAAGCGUAUAGCGACAUCUUUUUUGUUUUUCUUUUUUUGGUAUAAUUUUAUAGCGACAAAAUUAACGUUGCGCUACAUAGGGUACUCAACACAGGCGUGCUGACGCAAACACAAACUGUUUGUGGCUCGUUUCCCUUCGCUUGUGUCCGUGUCAGCGCGUCCUACUUUUUUUGAUAGUUUUUCGAGCAAGAGCUUCUAUGUACAAAGCAAUUUAGUGAGAAUGUCACAGUGCAUUUCAAGCUGUCAUAGGCGCACAGUAUUUACUAUACUCGAUUACUAUAGGUUAUAUGGAAAAUAUAUAUGUUGAGCCGUUUUGUCUAAACACAAGUGUCCCAGGCAUCUUUUCUGUAACAUUACCACUUCGUUGUUGUACAAUGAUGUGGUAGUGUUGUGUAAAAUAAGACAUGGCUUGCUUCCAUUAGUUUACUGCAGUGUCAAGCUGGACUUAAGCUUACUGAGGAGCAGAUGUACAGUCAACCACGCAAUAAUACAGACCACAUGAGCGCAUGCGAAAAUGGCCAUCUGCGCCAUCUACUGCUGAGCCACCUGCUGUCUAGAGCCUUGUGUGGGUAAAUGCACGGCGCUCGCAGGGAUGCCGGGUUAUUGCUUCUGCCAGAUGCUUCCACAUUAUCACAAUUUUAAUGCAAGAAGUUGCCACAAUAGCGAUUGCUGUCACUUUUCUGUGCAAGGAGCAUCGGAAGCAUUAACACCUUUCAGUCUGCUCCUAUGUUUGGUUACACCUCUUGCACCAAGAUCGUGAUAAUCUGUGAGCAGUGUUGUAUGCGUUACCGAAACAACUAAAUACGUUACUUGUUACACUAAGUAUAAAGGAACACAUUACCACCCUACGUUACCCAUAAAAGAAGAUAACACCUUACCGUUACCAAAAAAAAGUAAUGCAGGUUACUUCUGCCAUUACUCGAUCCAUGGUCGGAAAUUUUAUUCAUUGCACCUUUGCUGCAGGAACCCACAAUAACAACUUUAUAAAGCUCAUAUUUAUAUUUCACAUAAAAGUUCUAGUGCAAACAAUUUUAUCUGAAGGUACUCAUUCAGAGAGAAUAAUUUGCGCAAAUGUAUACAUACUGUACCUUUGCAGUAGUACAGUGGCUUAUAUUGCCUGUGCUAGGGGUGUGCGAAUAUUCGAAAGUUUCGAAUAUUCGUCGAAUAUUACAUUCGAAAUAUUCGUAUUCGAUUCGAAAAUCAUGUAUUCAAAAAGUUUCGAAUAUUCGAUAACUUCGAAUAUCCAAGAAAUUGGAACAUGCAAUUCGAUUAUCAUGUAUAAAAUAACUCGUCUACCACAUUUCUGCUGCAUUUGUAUAGCUAAAAACGUUGCCGAAAGGAGCGAUAAACAUCGUAAGUACACGGAGGCACAAUCUCUGCCUGCGACGAGUGCCCCAAUGCAUAUGAUUUGCUGGUGCAUCUCCGACGUGCAGCGCUGUUGGCGAUCAUGUAACCGUACAUUUUCAAUAUUAUGCGGGCGUAACGUGCCGCACUACCACUCGUUCACUAUGCGGGACCACUUCUGAAGAAAGACAGUGACCUAUGUGACUGGUGGCAGACUGUAGGCACCUUCAGAUACCCCAGUCUGGCAAAGCUUUGCCCCAUGUACCUCCCUAUACCAGCCACUUCUGUUCCAAGCGAGCGUGCCUUUUCAGUGGCCGGGGGGGGGGGGGUUGUCUCAGUUAGAAGGGAGUGCCUGCUGCCUGAUCAUGUGGAGCAACUCAUAUUUCUUCAUGAUAACAUCUAGUCAUUACUUUCAUUGUGCCGUGAUAUUUGCUUGUGUUGUGAUGUGCAUUGUGCUAGCCUGGACAUUGUGUUCUGGAGAUAGCAGUGUAUGUUAUGUUGCCAGUCAGGCUGUUAAUGUUUUUUUUUUU